UAAAUCAUGUUUUGGUGCCAACGUCUUGAGAACAUUAUUAAAGAGCAGAUAACUUUGCAUUAAUGUUGCUGAAGAACGUUCUGUGUGAGCUGGGAAUCAAGGCCAGAUCUUUAUCCCUGAACACAAUAAAGGCUUGAAGGCGAGUUUCAGGUCAAAGCGCUGUCCUUAUUAAACAAGCAGCGCAGUUUGAUGUUGAUUGCGAGACGCGCUCGUGUGAAGCUCGUCUGAUCGCGUCAGUGCGCUAAUUGUCGUAAAGACUCAUUUCCCACAAAAGCGAAUCUAAUUAUUUUCUUUUCUCUUCCACGCUAUCCGCCGGCGUCGCCUCAUUCGCACGUGGGUGGCAAGCGCGCGGUCGCCUCUUUGAACUCCGCGCUCGUGAAGUAGCUUUAAAAGCGGCGCAGAUUGGCUUUUGCGCACUCUCUCGCGGGUAUGGCGCAGAUCGACGUCGACGCGUUCACUUCCCAGGUUUUGUCCCGGUGGGACUGGAGCGGAGAGGACAGGGCGUUCGGAGACGCGUCGUCGCCGGAGUCCGGGCGCAGAGACGAGCAGCAGAAGCCCAAAGUGAAGAUGAGCGUGAAGAGGAGGAUGAAGGCCAGCGAGCGCGAGAAGCUGCGCAUGCGCAGUCUGGCGGAGGCGCUGCAUCAGCUGCGCGAGUAUCUUCCGCCGGCGUACAGCCGCAGAGCGCAGCCGCUCACCAAGAUCCAGACCCUCAAAUACACCAUCCAGUACAUCAAAGAGCUCUCCAGCGUCCUCGAGCAGCACAGUCCGCUCUGAAAGCGCUGGCAAACACGUUUGGAAACAUUGUAGCAUUUUGUAGCAUUGCGGGAAUGUUACUUCCGGAGUUCGGAAGCGUUUGAUGAGCGUCUCCGAGAACUGUCUCCCGGCGGCUGCUGCUGUACAGAUGGAUGUUUGUUUGUUUGUUUGUUUGUUUGUUUGUUCAUCCACUCUCGUGACUUUACUCGGAUGUAAAUAUGUCUAGCUGAUGCUUGAGUGGAGUGUCGGUGUCUAAUAUGAAGACCAGUGUCUUUUAAACUGGAACCUCUGAAUAAACGAUGGGUUCGUGUUGAU